CAGAGAGAGAGAUCGAGAGAGAGAGCAUCAAGGAGUAAAUAGGAAAAAUAAAUGCACCUGCAACAUCAACUACCCACAAUACUCCUUCACCUGCAUAUAUUUACUCCUCUCUCUAUCUACCCUUUAUAUAUUCACCCCUCUUCCUCCUGCCAAACUCACACUGCUUCAUCCUUCAGUUCUCCUCCCAACACUUCUUGAAGCGAAACAGAAAUGGGUGCUAUGAUGAGGAACAAAGCGUCUUCUUCUUUGUUCAUAUGGGCAUUGGUUGCUGGUAUGCUCUCCCACAACCUGGUCAUCCCUGUCAUGUCCACCACCUUUGAGGACCAGAAGAACUACUACACUCCAGACCCCGGCACCGGAACUCCCCCACCUUCAGGCCACGGUGGAAGCACCACUCCCGGAGGUUCACAUGGAAGUCCUCCUUCCCACCACCAUACCCCAUCUCAUUCCAACCCUCCCUCUCAUGGAAGCUACAACCCUUCACCAUCACCACCUACCAACUGUGGUACACCACCAUCAAGACUAACUCCAACUCCAUCAAGACCGACAACUCCUUCAACCCCAACCUACGGAACUCCACCAUCAACUCCAACCUACGGAACUCCACCAUCAACUCCAACCUACAGAACUCCACCUUCAACCCCAUUAACACCCCCUGUCAUUGUUACUCCUCCAAUCAUCGGAACUCCACCAAUCGACCCCGGGACUCCAGGUGUUCCUACACCUCCCUAUCUUCCUAAUCCCAACUCCCCUCCCUUCACAUGCACCUACUGGAGGAACCACCCCACAGUGAUCUGGGGUCUUGUGGGCUGGUGGGCAACUAUGGGUCAUACCUUUGGUCUAACUAGCCUUCCAGGGUUCGGAUCAAGCACCAUGAACUUGCAGCAAGCGCUUUCCAACACUCGUACAGAUGGAGUUGGGGAACUCUACAGAGAAGGAACAGCUGCCUUGCUCAACUCAAUGGUGGACAACAGGUUCCAUUUCACUACCACGCAAGUCAGGGACAGCUUCGUCAGAGGACUGAGUUCCAACAAGGCAGCAAAAAACCAAGCUCGUCUCUUCAGGCUGGCUAAUGAGGGCAAACUCAAGCCCAGAGCUUGAUUCACCAUCACAUUUGCCUUCAGUUCACAGCUUAUGAGUACUACUACUACUACUGCUACUACCUUACAUCUCAGACUACUUCAGAGUGUGGUUCAUCCUAGAAUUUGUUAUGUCGUUAGUGUUUAAUUCUAUUUGCUGUGUUUAACAGCAUGUUAAGAUGGAUACUCAGUUAAUUUACAUUUUAAUGAGUGCUAAGUUUAUGUUUGUCUUGG